AUGGUUUAUAGCGCCAUAAUACCGUUUAUUGUAAUAGGAUUAAUUGGGCCUUCUUUUGCAGGUAUUCGAGUGAUACGUUCGCCGCAGUUUUUCGGAAACUCCGAUGACGAUUCCUCUGGACUUGGAUUAGGCGGGCGUGGAUUUGGAAGCGGUUUUGGCCAAGGUUUCGGACAGUCUGGAUACGGCGGAGGAUUUGGUGAAGGUGGAGGAUUUGGCCAAGGCGGUGGAUACGGAGGAGGUUUUGGCCAAGGAGGAGGUUAUGGUGAAGGUGGCGGUUAUGGCCAAGGGGGUGGAUAUGGUGGAGGCUUCGGUGAAGGAGGUGGAUAUGGCCAAGGGGGCGGAUACGGCGGAGGCUAUGGUGAGGGAGGUGGGUUUGGCCAAGGAGGCGGGUAUGGCCAAGGAGGCGGAUAUGGUCAAGGAGGUGGGUAUGGCCAAGGAGGCGGAUUUGGAAGCGGACUCGGUCGAGGAUUCGGAGGGUCUCUGAGCUUUUCUAAGAGCUUAAGCUUCGGCUUAGGCAGUGGAGCUCAAUCAGGUUCCAGCGCCUUCUCAUUUGGAAAGUGA